CUGUUGUUGGUUGGCAAAGAAGCCCUUGCCACAUCAGGGAUUUGCCACCGCCGUUAUCGAAGAAGACGGAGAUGAAGGCGGACGAUGUGGAGGACAGCAGGGAGUGGUGCACGCAUGUGCUUGGCAGUGCGGGCAUGCCGCUACCGGCCCCUUCAGCGGCCAAGCCACGCCGAAACACUGCCGCCUUUGUCAUUUACCUUGAACGCCUCGAAGAUGUCACGCUGCCUUCCAUCUACGAGGAUCUGGAUGUGAGCGCGACCGUGAGGGUGUCAUUCUUCUUCGAUGGCAGCAAGCAGGUGUUUGGGAAAACGUGGGUAUCGGAGCCAUGUAAAGUGGUGCCUGUCGCUGGAAAACGACGUAAGGUUGACGUGGAGAUCAAGCAGCACGCUUGGUUCAAGACCAAGAUCGAGGACGAGGACUGCCUGGGCAUCGUGGAGCUUGUCUUCCACGCACCAUCUUUCAACGACAGCGUGGAUGACUUGGAGGUCCCCUUGCUGCCGCAUCAGGUCGCCGCAGGCUGGCAGCUCGUCAGCAUGUUCCCGCCACGCGGCGAGCGGCACACGGCCGAGACCAUGGACGACAUCCCGCAGCAGAUCAGCGCCAGCAUCGACCGCCUCGACAUGCUUCCCGGCAGCCCGCAAGUGCUCUUUGUGCUGGAGGUGCACGCCAUUGAAGGCUUGCAGAGCUUGCAGUUGCAAACAGAGAUGCAGGGCGCGCUGAGCCUGGCCCUGAUCGAAGCAACCGCACCACUCUCAAAGCGCUUCAAGUACGUGCCUGAUAACAUGCUCGUGUCCCGAUACACGCGCGUGCCUGGCCUGGUUGAAAACCUGCGGCCCAUGUUCGACGACGAGGAGGACCCGGAGACGUGGGAGUGGAUCCGGGACGCCGCGCCCGAGCAGGCCAAGCCGUUGAUUGCCAGUGACCUGCAGAUUGCGAUGACGCCCUCCUUACAGCGCUUUGAGGAGACGCUCCUCGACCACAUCAAACAGUCUGUGACGACUGCGCAUCCUGGUUUGGAUGAGAAGGAGACCAGCAACAUCAUGCGUCGCGUUGCUGUGAAGCAGCGCUUCCUCAACGUGGGCGUACACAACGGCCUCACAUACUUGAAGAAGCCAACACAGAUCCCGCUGGUGCAGGAGAGUGGGAACCGCAGCUAUGCGUCAACACGCGAGGGCGAGCAGGGAAGCGACGAAAACACGCGUGCAGCAGAGGCGCAGGCAUCGUCUGGGGAUGGUGGAUCCCAUCUCCACUUUGACGGCACAAUUGAAUUGCGUGAUGUCGUGCAGGCGCCUGAGAUGGCGGUGACGCUUGAGCUGCUGUACGCUGUUGCUGUCCCCGUCGUCUUCGACAAGGCAGCAGGGAAGCAAGGCAAGCGCAUGUCACGCGCGUUUUCACAUCAGCAGUCGAUAUCCGCGCUGCCAACGCAGAUGGAGCAGACGUUUUGUCUCCGUUUCGGCUGUGUCCUCCCCUUUGCAGGCGGACAGGACCCGGCUGCCGUGGCCUCGCACACCAUCGAGCUGCUCGGCCCGCCACUGCAGACGCCAAAGAACGAUUUGCUGUUCACUGCGCAGCAGCUUGACCGCGACAGCCGCGUCUUCCUCACAAAACAGUACUGCCAGGCAUUCGCCAGCUUGACGCUCUCCGUCACAGAUGUAGACGAACUGCUGCACACACGCGGGGAAAAUCUCGGCCACAGCAUGCGGCAUGCGAUGGUGCGGGCCCUGAGUCACGUCGGCCGCGACGAUGAAGACGGAAUUGCGCAGCGCCCACAGUCGGCUGAACCGUCCCCUCGCAUGCGGGGUCGCCGCUUGCCGUCAUCACCAGCCGCCCGCUCCCAGUCCCUCUACGUCCCAAAGAAGAAGCGUGGGCAGAGCUUGCUUGCACCGCCGGGCAGCCACCGCAAACCACAACCAUCAUCAACAACAGCGGCACAGCACUCGGGGGGAGGGCGCAGUCGCGUGCUGGCGGAGAAGCAGCGAGCCGUGUCGUUCUCAACCAACCUGGCCGCCCCCGUGCGGCGCGGUGGUCCCGCGUUUGCAACUCCGCUCAGGCCAUCCACCGCUCCAGACACGUCCACGGGGAAGAAGGGCGGUGAGGAGGGCCUGCUGCCGUCGCGUGUGGAUCGCGCUGUGCACGAAUUUCCCGCCGGAGACGACGUAGACGACCACGACAUGCGGGAGGUCAACACAACCAUCCAGCCAGACGAGGUGACGGUUGCACAGCUGCCGUUUGCUCAGCACGCCCUCCUCCCUGGUGACGCCGAGCCCGCAGCGGAAUUCCCAGGCGUCUCCCGCGCUCUCCAGGCCGAAAUCAUGCAGGCUGCCUUCCGCCCCGUUGUGACGGACGACGACCUGCGGGAGAUGAAGGUCCCUGCUGCGCUGCUGCCACUGCCGCCGGGACCAGGCGUGCUCAGGAAGGACAUCGAGUUGCAAGACGCGUUCGCAGCAUCACGGGUCACAUUGCAGUUCUUGGCACUGGAGUGGUUGCUACCUGACCAUACGCGUCAGCACCUGCCUGGCGUACUUCCAAGGCACCCAGCCCAGAGCAUCGCUGUGUCGUUCAAACUGCACAAACUGCCUACAUUUGUGUCCAUGCCGCUGCGAUUUUCGACAGCUUCGUCGGCCCCGGGAAUGACGCGCACUGAGGACACACGCACGGCGGGCGUGCUGUUCGCCGUGGAGGGAAACAACGCGCUUGCGUCGUCGCCCGGGCUGUUGGCGGCGUUCUCACUCGAUCCUGCACAGCUCGGCGUGUCACAAGAACAGCUGCUGGAGUACUCUGGUGACGCGGCGCUUGAGAUCCAUGUUGUUGAUGCGGACUCGUUGAUGCCAGUUGGCGUUGCAUCCAUGAAGCUCUCGUGUUUCCUGCGCGGAGGGUAUCGCGGUGUUCAGUCGAGUCUUGAGCUCGAUGUUGUCAACACACACGCGGAUCCAGACCGCAUCAACUUUGCACACCCCAGGGCACGAACAGCCGCUGUGUCGGCGCCACAGACGGUUGCAAAGCUGUGUGUACGUGUGUCCAGCAUCGGCCAAACAUCGCGCCCGCCGCCAAAUGUGAACCGUCUCCUCAUCCCAAAGGCCGCCCUUCCAGAUAGCGCACUGAUCAACCCGAUGUCAGGCCAGACGUCGCACCACCGCGCCCAGCCGGCUGCCAAACUCAUCGCUGACGACCCGCGAGCACGCGCCGUCCUCCACAGGGAAGUCAGUGAUCCCGAGCAGGAACGAAAAGCCGCCCGUCUCCGCGCCAUUCGCGCAAAGCGGCGCGAUCUCUUCAACGACCAAAACACACCGGGUGUUUCUGGGAGCGCCAAGCCCCAGCCAACACAGGUGCCCCUGCCGCUGCGUUCGCCGGCUGUGAAUGUCCGCGAUAGCAGCGAUCUCCUGGCCCUGAACGAAUACAGAUUACGGCAGAAGCGUGCUGUCAUCCAACAUGCGCUGGAGCGGUCCCUUCGCACAUCCGUGGACAUUUUCGCCGCUUAUGGCUCCAAAGUGUACAUGGAGUAUCGCAUCCAAAACCCAAGCCACGAUCAGUGUCUACGCGUGCUUGUGCAAUCGUCAUCGCAGCACCUGCAAGCCGUCACAAACCACCACGAGUGGAAGGCGCUGCUGCAGUCGCGCGGGCUUGACCGGCCCGUCGAACCAAACAUGUUCAACCCAACACGUGAUGGCCCACUGGUCAUGCUGCGGCCUCUGGAGGAACUCGUCGUGCCCUUGAAAUAUUCGCUCCCGCACACGGCGCUGCCACCUGUGACCCUUCGUGGCCCUUCCUCACAUCAGGUGCCAGCAAGCACCCGGCACACCCCUCCCAUCCACGAAAAGCUCAAAUUCGAGUCUUUGGACGGCGUUGAUUUUGGAUCAGCGGAUGUCGUGGUGCACCCACAGGAGCCUGCGGUUGAUCAUCACAUCGACCUGUACAGCGCCCAAUCCACCAUUUUCCGCCACCGCCUUCGUCUUCCUCCCCAUCUCGCCGAGGUAACGGGGGUGCUGUGCAGUGACCCGGAUGUGCUCGUGCACCUUGAUCACCAGGACGGUGUCAACGACAUUGUUCUCAAGUGCUCGAGCGGCGCGUCCCCGGAUGUGUCGGUGUUUCUUCUUCUCCUCUACACAGACGACUUCUUCGUGUCGCCGUUUAUGACGUGGCGCGUCGCUGUGCAUGCCGUCGACUCGUACACCAUGACUGUGCAUCUUGGGGAGGUGGCCACGUCCACCCUUACGUUUCGCCCAAGCCAGCCCAUCUCGCACGCACGCGUCUUCUCCGCAAACGAGUCCGAACUCGAGGUGCUGCCAAAGACACAGUUCUCAUUAGCCGGGAACGCUCUGGCUGAGAUUGGCAUGCGUGCGCAUCCAACGGCCAUUGGCUCUUCAAAACACCUUGUGCAUGUGGUUGACACGGAGUUCAAACGGAUCGUCUAUUCAUAUCAAGUCGUCCUCGAUGUGCAACCACCACCAGUGUCCAAGACGUUUGAGAUUGUGCUGGAAGGCGCACAUGAGCACGUGAACAAACGGAUUGGCUACACGAACCGGUUCAAGCGGCCUGUGGAGAUUUCCUUGUACACAUCCCAUCCACAGCGCAUCCAGUUCAAGCAUCACCGGUUUGUGUUGCAGCCGGAAGAGAAGACGUACAUUGGCAUUCGCGCCCACGCGUCACAGACGCACCUUGAGGAAGAGGCCUUUGUUCUGCUUGUUGACCAGCAAAUGCGACUGCACGACUCGUUCAAGCUUCGCCUCAUCACCAUCGCCCCACACCAGCAAUGACCAGCAAGUCCUUGGCUUGCGCCAUGCGCUGUCUCGUGUUGAGUGGUGAAGACGCGGCAGUGACACGACAUGAAGUGAAGUACGACUUGUUGUGGGCGUGGUCUUGUGUGAACGAUGAUUAGCCGAAGAUGUACAUUAAAUUUCAAGCCUACCGCAA